CAAAUUUCCUCGGGCCAGCCCAUGGAUCUCGGGCCUAAUUUACAUGCCAAGAUAUUUGCAACGAAUCUGAUGCAUUCCUGGGUCUUUAAACGAACCCGACCCGUUUUCGUUCUCUGCAUCUGUCUCUCCGAACUCUCACUCUUCCACGAAGAUCAAUCGAACCAGAGAGCAAAACCUUCAUUCGAUUUCGCGAUAUCAAAUCAAUCAUCGAAGAAGAUGACAGUGGAGGUAUCGAACGGCGCUGCAGAUGCUUUGUCGUACCCCAACGGCGACGUGAAGCAUCAAAACCCUAGCAGCGCCACCGCCUUGAAGAAGUCGCGAGAGACCGAGCGCCGCCGGAGACGGCGGAAGCAGAAGAAGAAAAACAAGGCUUCUGUGGCGGAGAACGGCGACGACAGCGACACCGCGGCUGACGACGAUGACAAUGCGAAGGAGAACGGCGAUCUCCAGAAGGCUUUGGAGCAAGUUGAAGUUGAGUAUGUACCAGAAAAGGCGGAAUUAGAUGGUGAUUUGGAUGAUGAGUUUAGGAAGGUCUUCGAGAAAUUCAGCUUUAAGGAAACUGCUGGGUCUGAGGAGAAUGAUAAAAAGGAUGAGACUGCUACCAAUGCUGCCUUAGCCAAGAAAGCUGACUCAGAUUCUGACGAGGAAGAGCAGGAUACGCAACAAAAAGACAAAGGCUUCUCAAAUAAAAAGAAAAAGCUUCAACGACGGAUGAAAAUUGCAGAACUCAAGCAGAUAUGUUCAAGGCCUGAUGUAGUUGAGGUAUGGGAUGCGACUGCAUCUGACCCAAAGUUAUUGGUAUUUCUGAAAUCAUAUCGAAAUACUGUUCCAGUGCCACGACAUUGGUGUCAGAAAAGAAAAUUUUUGCAGGGGAAACGUGGUAUUGAGAAACAACCUUUUCAACUUCCUGAUUUCAUUGCUGCUACAGGGAUUGAGAAAAUCAGACAGGCUUACAUUGAGAAAGAGGACAGUAAGAAGCUUAAACAAAAGCAACGUGAGAGGAUGCAGCCAAAGAUGGGAAAAAUGGACAUUGAUUAUCAGGUUCUCCAUGAUGCAUUUUUCAAAUAUCAAACUAAGCCGAAGCUUACGGCCCAUGGUGAUCUUUAUCACGAAGGAAAAGAGUUUGAGGUAAAGCUAAGGGAGAUGAAGCCUGGGAUGUUAUCACAUGAACUAAAAGAAGCUCUUGGUAUGCCAGAAGGUGCUCCUCCCCCUUGGCUUAUUAAUAUGCAGAGAUAUGGUCCACCACCUUCUUAUCCACACCUGAAAAUUCCUGGGUUGAAUGCUCCCAUUCCUCUUGGAGCUAGUUUUGGUUAUCAUCCUGGAGGUUGGGGCAAACCGCCUGUUGAUGAAUUUGGCCGCCCACUGUAUGGCGAUGUCUUCGGCGUUCAGCAGCAAGAACAACCCAACUAUGAGGAAGAACCAGUUGAUAAGACCAAGCAUUGGGGUGAUUUGGAGGAAGAGGAAGAAGAAGAAGAAGAAGAAGAUGAAGAGGAGGUAGAAGAACAGAUUGAAGAAGAGGAAUUAGAGGCUGGCAUUCAAUCUGUUGACAGCCUUUCAAGCACUCCUACUGGCGUUGAGACUCCAGAUGUUAUUGAUCUUCGCAAGCAGCAAAGAAAAGAGCCUGAGAAGCCUCUUUACCAAGUACUAGAGGAAAAGGAAGAAAAGAUUGCUCCAGGGACCUUACUUGGAACAUCUCAUACGUAUGUCAUUGGCACUGGCACUCAAGAUAAGACAGCAGCAGCCAAAAGGGUUGAUCUGCUUAGAGGCCAGAAAUCAGAUAGAGUUGAUGUCACAUUACAACCAGAAGAGUUGGAAGUAAUGGACAAUGUUUUGCACGCAAAGUAUGAGGAAGCGAGGGAGGAAGAGAAGCUGCGUAGUCAGCGAGAGGACUUCAGUGACAUGGUUGCCGAGAAUGCGAAUAAGAGGAAACGAAAAAUGCAGGAAAAGGAAGGGAAAUCGAAGAAAAAGGAUUUCAAGUUCUAGGAGGUUUUGUGAUUGUAAUGCUAGAAUGCCAGGUUCAUUACACGCCUUGGCUGCAUCGAUAUUUUUACCACUCAAAACCAUAAUGUUUGUUGCUUGCUUGUAUGCAUAACUAAAACGAAAAAAAUGUAGUGGCUCUAACUAGACACAAGCCUACUGUAUUAGUCAUUAAUGAGAAAAAUGCUGUGAAUUUGCGCUAUUA